GUUCUCUGUCUAUGAAUACCCAGCCAACACCCCUCUCUAUCCUCUCUCCCAUCCUCUCUUUCUCUGCUUUGCCCAAAUUUUGUGUCUUCUUCGUCUUCUCCUCUUAGGGGAGCCUCUGACUCUGUGGCAGCUCAGGUGUUCCUUGUCAAGAUCUGUGGUUUUAACGAGGUAUCAAAGAGAGGAAAGAUGAAUUGCUACGGGUACCAAAAGAAGAACACCUUGACAAGCUGUGAGGAGAUGAGGAUGGAAUCAGUGGUGUGUCCUAAACCUCGUCGAUUGGGUCUGUUAAACCACUCUUCCAUUAACAACCACAUCAGACCCUUGAGGCGUCCCAUCAGCUACCAAUCUGAGAUCGAAGAUUCAGGAAUUGGGGCGGAGCUUUUGGAUAUCAUCCUUCCUAAGGAAAGCUGUUAUCCAGAAAGAUCCGGGGUCCAAGUGGUGGCAUCGUCGCCACCAUUUUUCUGUGGAUCUCCACCUAGCAGGGCUUCAAAUCCUGUAAUCCAAGAUGAGCAAUUUGGGGAUGGGAAUAGGAAUUUUAAUCCAUUUACCGUGACACCCUCUUCGCCAUCAUCCUCUUCAGCUCGAGGUUGUGCUCCUAUGAAAUUUGGUCACACACCAGCUGCUGUGAGGAUCGAAGGUUUUGACUGCCUUAGAAGAGAUAGGAGCAACUGCAGCAUCUCUGCGGUAGCAUAAUCCAUUUUUGAAGAAUAAAGGAAAUAAAUAGAAGAAAAAGAGAGAACCCAAUACCAGGAAGCAGAGAAAAAAAAGGUAGAGGACUAAAAGUCAGUCAAGUUCAAAUAGCAGAGAAGUUGUUUUUUUUUUUUUUUUUCUUAUGAAA